AUGUUUUAUCAUACAUCUGGUUUAAGAACUAUUUUGUAGAUUCACCCUACUCAUAUGGGUAUGCUUAUUGGAAAUGAUAAAGUCAACCUUAAUAAUAAUGAUUUGCUUAAAAAAGAAUUAAUUGAAAAAGUAGAAGGUAAAAAAAGUAAUGAACAUGGAUAUAUUAUUUUGGUAGUAAAUUUAAGAUAUAUGAGCAAACCAUUAAUUGAUUAUGAUGGCUUUAUUAAAGUUGAGAUAUAGUUUGAUGCAUUAACAUUUAAACCAUAACUUAAAGAAUAUAUUGAUAUCUAAAUAACUGAAAUCAAGCAAAAUCACAUUGCUGGUUCUGUUGGCCCUAUGAACAUAUUUUAUGUCCCCAAUCGUAAGCUUCCUUAACAACUUUAAAACGAAUUAAAAGAUGGUAAACUUGAAUCUGAUGAUUUAACCUUAUACGAAGGUGAUAAAUUGAGAGUUUUGAUAGAAACUAUUAACAAUGAUAAAAUCCUUUGUAAAGUAGAUGAUGAUUUUAAUAGUUAUUAAUGA